ACUGCGCCUUUCGGCACAAAAACCACAUCAGGUGAGGAACCAGCAGUGACACGUUAAUCCCAACAUGAGGCCGACCUACCUGACCCGUGUCCUGCUGCUUGCAGUGUGUUGUUGCGUGUGCGUGUGUGAUCUUUCACACGUGGAGGACAUGAAGAGCCAGGAGCGGUUCUUCCUCAGCUCCCUCGGGCUCUCAGGGCGGCCCCGGCCCGCGGGGAGCCACCAGUCCCGGCGCCACGUCCCCUCUCCGCUGUGGAGGAUGUUCCGGAGGUCAGAGAGCGUUCAGGCGCAGGAGAGUGACCCGUGUAUGGUGUCAGAGUACGGAGUCCGCGGUAACAUCAUCCGAUAUGUACAAGACCAAGGCAGGCUGGUGUCUGGGUGGAAUAGCGUCUGUCAAGCUUGUGUGGAGAAGCAGCUUUUCUUCAACAUGUCUGUCCUGCAGCCUGUGGAGUUGCUGUCUCUGGCUCAGCUGGACGUCAAGUUCCACUGGAAACCCUUCAGACCUGCGAGCCUGCUGCAGGGCCCUCGCACCCUCAGCGUGUCUCUGUAUAAAGUGAUACGAGCCACGCUGCGGGGAGCCAAUCCGCAGGCCAAUCGCAGACUCCUCCUGUCCCAGUCCAUCCAGCUCCAGCCCGAACCCAUCUCCAUCACCAUGGACCUCACCUCGCUAGCAGAAAACUGGCGUAAACCAGGGCGCAACUAUGGUUUGGUUCUAGAGCAGCUUCCUCUCAUCGCAGGCCCAGAGGAGCUUCUUCCUUUUCACCCUGGGAACUCCCUCCCGUUGGAACCAGCCUUCACGCUGCCGCUCAUCCAGGCCUCUCUGGUGGCCGUGUCCCUCAACCCCCACCAGUGUCGCUCCAGACAGAGGAGAAGCGCCGUACACCUCCCUGUGACACCCAGCAACGUGUGCAAGGCCCGGCGCCUCUACAUUGACUUCAAAGACGUGGGCUGGCAGGACUGGAUCAUUGCUCCACAGGGCUACAUGGCCAACUACUGCCAUGGAGAGUGUCCGUUCCCGUUGAGUGAGAGCCUGAACGGCACCAACCACGCCAUCCUGCAGACCUUGGUGCACUCCCUGGACCCACACGGCACACCUCAGCCCUGCUGCGUCCCCAUCCGCCUCUCACCGAUCUCCAUGCUGUACUACGACAACAACGACAAUGUAGUGCUGCGACAUUACCAGGACAUGGUUGUGGACGAGUGUGGGUGUCGAUGAAUUUUCACGUCUACAGUUGGAAGUGUUGAAUUCCUUCUGUCACUGCAGUAACAAUAUCAGUGGUUUUAAAGAAUGUAGCAUCUUUUAUGAACAAGUUCUCAGGUGUUUUGAGAGGCAUCUUUUAAAAAAAAAACA